ACGCAGCAGCUCAGCCGCCGCCGCGCACACCUCCCUCCCUUCUCCCUCACCUCGCCGCCCCCACGGACCACGUCAAUGGCCGCCGCCGCUUCCGCGCCCUAGAAUCGCGUCGCCCGCCGCUCCUUGCCCCGGGAUCGAGCGAGACCAGAUGCUCUCUCUGGGCGCCAUCCGCAAGCUCUGCGCCGCAUUCGACGCCGUCGCGCUCACCGUCAUCGCCGCGGGGCUCUCCCGGCCACCCACAGGCCGCCACCCCUUCUCCUCCGCGCACGCGCACUCCCCACAUCCCGCGGAUUUCCCCACCAUCGCUGCCUGCCGCGCCGCGGUCUCUGCCUCCAAGGGUAGCCGUCGCCGCUGCCGCAGGCAGCCCUCCCCCUCCCCCGCCGCCGCCGCCAAGGAGGAGCAGCAGCCGGUGCUGCUCAGGAUCAAGCACGAGCUGGACCCGGAGCGUCUGUACGAGCUGUUCAGGGCUAAUGCGCACAACCGCCUGCUGGUGGAGAACCGCUUCGCGUUCGAGGACACGGUGGCGCGCCUGGCAGCUGCUCGACGGAAUGACCUCGUGGAGGAGAUCCUCGAGCAGCACAAGGCGCUGCCCCAGGGGAGGCGCGAAGGGUUCGUGGUCAGGAUCAUCGGCCUCUACGGGAAGGCCAGGAUGCCGGACCACGCUCUGCGGACUUUCCAGGAGAUGGAAAUGUACGGGUGCCGGCGCACAGCCAAGUCGCUCAAUGCUGCCAUGAAGGUUCUGCUACGAGCAAGGCUCUUUGAUGAGGCCCUGAGUCUUUUUGAGGAGGGAUCACAGAAGUAUGGCGUUGAGCUGGAUGACAUCUCGUAUAACACGGUGGUGAAGAUGUUGUGUGACAUGGGGAAGUUGCGUGCGGCUUACAGGGCUAUGCAGAAGAUGGAGGAGGCAGGCGUGCGACCAGAUGUCAUCACAUACACGACGCUCAUGGCCGCAUUCUAUAAGUGUGGCCAGCGUGAGAUUGGGGAUGGUUUGUGGAAUCUCAUGAGGUUGAGGGGUUGCAAUCCGACACUUGCCAGCUACAAUGUGAGGAUCCAAUUCCUGAUUAACAGGAGAAGAGGGUGGCAGGCAAAUGAUUUGGUGCGGAAAAUGUAUGCAGCGGGGAUCAAACCAGAUGAGAUCACAUACAAUCUAAUUAUCAAGGGUUUCUUCAUGAUGGGUGAGCAUGAGAUGGCCAAGACGGUGUUUGGCACGAUGCAUGGAAGUGGAUGCAAGCCAAACAGUAAGGUUUACCAGACAAUGGUCCAUUACCUCUGUGAGCAAAGGGACUUUGAUUUGGCAUUCAGGUUGUGCAAGGAUAGCAUGGAGAAGAACUGGUUUCCCAGUGCCGCUACUAUUGGCCAACUGUUGAAAGGCCUCAUGGCAAUCUCAAAGGAUAGGAAUGCAAUAGAGACAAUGAAGUUGGUUACUGGGAAAAAACCUUCGUAUUCAGAUGAUGAAAUGAAGGUCUUCAAAGACAUAUUGUCUCAUGGGAAGACUGGAAGAUAAGUUGAUGACUGGAUUGGAAAAUUUUGCUGUAAAUCCACCACAUGUAACUGUAAGGCUGUUGUUGACAUUCUUUUAUCACUUUGUUUUCACAAUCAAGUUGAAAUGAGGUAGAUGAAGGGGUUUUGAAUAAUGAUACAUCCUCCUCAGAUAGCAAUUGUUCUGCUUAAAAAAAGUUAGUAUAAGUUAUAGAGAGCCCUUAGCUCUAGUAGAAAUAUCAUGAAUGGCAAAGAUUUUAAGAGAUGAAGAUUCUGUACUAUACUUUCAAUUGUCUAAUGUUUUGAAAUUUUAUGAAAAAGUUUAUGUUCAAAAUAAUUGAACAUAACUACAUAAGAAUGUUUCAAAAUCCAGCUGUGCUGAAUGUUGAUGAAGUAAUGAAGUAUUCUGUGCAGUAUACCAAACUAUGUUUGGGAAAAUCUGAUCUUGUUAUAUCUUUUCCCACAAUGUUAUUCAGUCGUCCGACUAAUCGCAAUUAAUCUCGAUUAGUCGUCCUAGUCGGUACUGAGGCGACUAGGUAAAACCCCGAUUUGUUGGACUUAUCGCCCGAUUAAUCGCGAUUAAUCGUCCGAUCAGGACCUUAUCGGUGCCAUGGCGACUAGGUUCGAUUAGACGACCGUAUAACAUUGUUUUCCCAUUUUGUCAUCUCAUCAAAGUAGAAGUUUGUCUACUCGUUAGAACAAGACAUAUUUUUACUAUGCCUCAAAGUUUUUCUACUGUAAAUAGAUAAUUCUUUUGACUUCGUUGAAAAGGCAUGUGAUGUAAACCAAGUCAUUUGAAUUUAUUUCCUUUUUUUAGGAGCCACAUAUUUCCUGUUAAAAAAUAUCUUCUUGACAACACUAUUCGAAUUUGUAACUGGUCAUACCAGUUUUCAGUUACCAGAGUUACUACUCGUCACUGAAUGACUUAAAUGUAGCUGAUGUGGCAUGGUACUUGAUACAUCCACCUCUUCAGCGCAUCAGUUCAGAUUAGUUAUUAAUGUGCAUUGCUAAAAGUAAAGUAGACUAAUCUAGCUAGGAUUAUUUAUUAUUAUGGUUCUUAGAUCUGUGAAGUUUUUGCACUUAGGAGAUGCGAUAUGAUGUGAAUAUUGAGAUUCUUAAUAUGAUUGAAAUGAUAGACAUGUCAUGGGAAAUUCUACAUUACUUUUCUGAUUAUUUUGGUGGGUUAGAAUAUGGCGUAGCAGUUUAUCACCUAUCUUUCUGUCAUCAUCACUUUGAAAUCCACAAUUCUACAUUGUACAUUUUAUCAUAUUUUUGCCAUUAUGGGGGCAGCUCUUUAUCCCUUAACCGUGUAGCUUGAAGUUUUACUACCUGCUAUACAUUAUCUUUUAGAUUUUUUUGGAAGGUUUCACAUAAGUAACCUCAGCCUCUCAGGACAGAAUCCUGCAUUCUGGUGAAAUGUGAAAUACCAGCGAAUAACUGAAAGUAAAAAAAAAGAAAUAAACUUAGGUUAUCUAUACGAAACCCUUGUCUUAAAACAUUACAUAGUGCUUGUCUUAAAAAUCCCAAAUGGUUUUCACUGUUCUUGAAACAAACUAUGAUAUACAUGGAUCCUGCCAUCCUGGAAAUCCCAUUAUAACAUGUUGAUAAUCCUUAUAGAAAACAUUGCUGAUAAACAAGCCCUUUUAAGACCCUUUCAUUUCAAUGUUAAUUGAUACUAGCGCUAGUACUACCUUAGGUUCUUCUUUCUUUUCAGCUUGCAGUCUCUGACAGUAUUUGACAUGCUUGACUGGAUGGGGACAAGAUCAAGGAAACAAAUAAAGAAAGCAUAUGACAGUGGAAAUUGCGGGAUGGGAUUGUACACGUUCGAGCAACAUCGACAUCGGAAUUCAGAAUGGCUGGAUGUCCUGAGGUGGGCAUUCGGAAAACCCCAUCUGUUCUGUUGUUUGGAAGCCUUGAAGGGAAGGGCGCAUAUGGAAUGGACACCUUGUAGCGUAGCUGUAUACUGCUAGCUCUGGUACUGUGACCAUUUACUGCUAAGCUCUGAGGCAGUGUAGCUGCGUAGCAGUGCUAUCAUCUCGGUGCACCUGUAAAUUUCCAGGAUCACUCUUUAGGCUCUUUCUGGUUUGUGUUUGUUGUGGAAUAAAAAUUGCAUCAUCUAAAGUUUCUAUUGAUCUGUGGUCAUGCCCUUGUUUAUGCUUGA